AUGGCUGAAGUUACAGGCACAAUAAACUUCCAAGUCGGUGACGACACGUACCAGACUUGGUACAAAAUUGUUGGGGAUCUCGCUGCAGGUAAACGCCCUCUCGUCGUGCUGCAUGGCGGCCCUGGCAUCUCGCAUGACUAUAUGACUCCGCUUGUUGAAAUCCACAACAAAUGCAACAUCCCCGUCAUAUUUUACGACCAGAUCGGCAUUGGUAUGUCUGCCUUUGAAGGCAUGGCGGAGAAACCCAAAGAGUUUUGGACAGUCGAUCUGUUCAUGGAUGAGUUGGACAAUCUUCUUAUCCACAUUGGGGUGCAGAAUGACUUUGAUCUUCUUGGUCACUCCUGGGGAGCGAUGUUAGGAGCACAUUAUGCCAGCCACAGACACCCGGUGGGUCUCAAACACCUCGUCCUCACCAGUGGAGCCCCAUCCAUGGCAUUAUGGGAAAAAAGCACUCGCCAGCUGCUGAACGCGCUGCCAGUAGAUGUGCGGGACGCAUUGGAGAAGCACGAGAGAGAAGGGACGACGGACAGCCCUGAGUAUCAAGAAGCAAUGGGAGUAUUCUAUGAAAAGCACAUAUGCAGGACCCCCUGGCCAAAGGAGUUGGAGACGUCUUUUGCAUCCAUGAUACAAAAUCCCACCGUGUACAGCACAAUGGUUGGACCAUCAGAGUUUACCAUUACGGGCACGCUGAAGCCAUGGUCGUGCCUGGAGCAGAUACACACAAUCACAACCCCCACCCUCCUCACUAACGGUGCAAAUGACGAAGCGCAGGACGUUUGCGUCAGUCCUUUCUUCCACAGAAUUCCUCAUGUGAAAUGGGCACAGUUCUCGCAGCGUCACUUGCCGUUCCUGGAGGAGGAGGACCAGGGGAGGUACUUUCAAGUGGUGGCCGAAUUCCUGGCGUAUCCUUGA